UAAUACUGAAAAAUGGAUUUUGAUUUAUUUGCGUCAGAUGAUGAUGAUGAUAAUAUAUUGGCUUCAGUGAAUUUGUCAACCACGCAGUUUCAGCAACCAGAGCUACUUAAUGAAAUUUUGCCUGAAUUUCAAUGUAUCGGAGAAGACUCCAUAUAUUCAAAAUUUUCUUCGGAAGGAUUUAUUAAAAAUGGGUUUUUAAAUAAUACAUGCGAAUUUCAGAAUAAAAUAAUUAGUGAAUUGUAUUUAACUACAUACGAUUUUCAAUUCAAACAUUUUUGUUCAUCACCAAUUGAAUGCGUAAUUGGUGAAGUAUGCAUGGACAUUCAGUAUCUUCAUUUAAAUAUACUUCACCCCAUUGUCGGUAUAUCUAAGGACUUAUCGUUUUAUCAAAGGCGUCGUCAAGUGACUCAAUUUCUUUAUUUAAUGUUACAUAAAACUGUAAGGAGGCAGUUGCCAAUUUUAAGUUCAAAGUGCACAAGGAUCCGAAGAUUAUUAAACAGUUUAUCCGACCCAAAUACUUGGAAAUUGGUCUUUUUAGCAGGAAAUAAUAAGGGAAAUGAAUGCAAUAUACCAUCUUAUCACUUUUUACAUGGAAUGUUGGAAUGGAAACUUUUAGAUUUAUGUAUUUUAUACAAAUAUAAUACAAAUAUCAAUGAAAACGACGUGCUUGAAGAAAAACUGCAGAUGUUAGUAAAGCAAAUAGAAAAAGUUCUUGAUGAUCUUCUUAUUUGUUCUCUUUUUGUUUUUAACAAAAAACGUCCAGCAGAAAUUUUGUAUACUACGCCAUUCUCAUGUACAUGCUUCAAAGAAUUUUGGUUGUUAUUACAGUUAAUGUUCGAGAAAUGGUUUGUAAACAUAAACGUUUCCAUAGACAAUAAGCUUUAUUUUUGGACGCUAUUUAAUAAGAGAAUUUUGAAUUUAAAAACUCACAUGAGUAGUUAUUCUUUAACGCCCACAAGUUUUUACCAAUUUGUAAACUGGAUGAUCCAUACAUUAACAUUUCUUUAUGGUUACCGUUCAAAUGGAGAUUUCGAGGGGUGUACAUAUGUACGAGCAAAAAGUGAAGGAGCAGAAAACCAGGAAUGUUUAGAAAAUUGUGUGCAAGAAUUUUUUCAUUCAAAUCCAAAUGAAGAACAAACUCGGACUUUUUUAUGUUUGUUAACACCUAUAGUAGUACAAUGGUGGCGUCCAAAGGUUAACAUACCGAUGAUAUUAUGGGAGCAUUUUUACAAACGAUUUAAUUCAUCUUUUUAUACUACUCGCGUUGCAUCUAGCACUUUAGCAUUGGUAUGUAAUACAGGAAACUCUUAUUUACAAAAAUAUCGUUCGAUGCUUGAGAAUCAGAAAAUAGAUGCAAAUAUGAGUAGUUACUCAUUAUUUACACUAAUACUUGGUAAAAUUUUAAAAAGAUUAAUUAAACAACCCUCGAAUAAUCAAGUUCAAAAAAUAUUGGGUCGCAUUUAUAGUAAAUUUAGUGUACAAAAGUUUCUAGCUCUAAACGACACAGGAAUACAUCACCUUAUUCAAUUAGUCCUUAUUCUGGCUUUAUGUUGCGAAUUUAAUGCUAUAGCCACUAAGUUGCGAGAUAUAUUUUUAUCUAUAUCCUUCGAUAAGAUCACAAUAAAUAAGCAACUAAUUGUUGCUAGAGGACACAUGGCUUUACUGACACUUUAUGCUGAACACAAAUCUGAUCUUAGUGAAUAUAUUAUGAAACUUUUACAACAACUUUCUUAUAUACAUAAUAAUGUAUCGGUUUCUAAAAUUUUUUCCGAUGCGUUAAUGGAUAUAUUGAAAUUAGCAGAUGACUACCGUCGCGGAGAACAUUUGUUAAUUAAUGCCUGGAUACCAAUUUUUUUAAAACACUGUACUCCUGUCGAACAGGAACGCCCACUUAAAGCUAUACAUCUUAUAUUUUCUAAUAUUCGAACCAAUGGAUACUUUUUUGAUGCUGAUAUUGAUAUUUUACGAUCAUUAAAUACAUAUAUUUUACCUUUCCUCAAACAACAUUACAGUACUGGAUUCAGUCCAUUGUUACCUCAACUUGCUGCAGACUUUUGUAAUCAUUACAAUAUUACCUCAGAUGUACUUAGCUUUCAAAAACUGUUUAGAUAUUUUAUUGAUAUACAAACGGCAAAUAAACAAGCGUUACCAAUAUUUCUCUCUAAAGUUCUUGACUACGAUAAAAAUAAUUUAGUCGAUUUUGUUACAAUUUUUCAAGUUUGGCUAAGAAGUUUAGUAUUACUUAAUGCACAAAAUGAGGAAGUCGCCAGCUUGACAAAAAUAAUUGUAACAAUGCCAGUAUUUAAAUCAAUGACAAAUUUAAAUGCUGAUGAAAUAUUCAAAUCCAAAGAACCACUUUGUGUUUUUAUAGCGGCGGUUGGAAAAAAAUACGAAUCUUGCAUGGAUUUUAAAGAACGAUGUGAAAUUGCAGACAACUUCAAUAGCUUCUUAUGUAACUUUGAAAAAUGGAUACCCACAGAUAUUAAACAGGAAAGAUCCGAGGUAUUGUUUCGCUUUUAUAGUUUUCUUGCUAUUGUUAUUUACAAUUGCUCACACAUAGUAUACGUAAAAUCUAAAAUAACAUGUUUUUUCCAUAUUGCUAUAACACGGUUUAUAUUAACGACGAACGUACAAAUGGGCAAAGUCCCAGAAGGUAAAGUACCCCAAUUCGUUCAUAAAAUAUGGCCAGUAAUAGUGCAAGGUAUUGGCCGUUUAAGUUUUAAAUCGGAUCCAUACAUCAACAAUACACUUAAUGAUUUAAUACAGAAAUGGACUCCAAUUUUUAAAAUCUCUAAUAACCCGAAGGUUGUGGCACGUCCAUUUAUUACUUGCCUGCAAAGUGAAAAUUAUGAACUUUCUUUAUUUGUGUUCGAAAAGCUUACAAAUAUAUUUCUGGCAACGCAGCGCAGACAGGCAGACAUCAAUGCCUGUCUUGUUAUAACGAUAUAUAAAGAAGUCGUUGAAGCAUGCUCUGGGAAUCACCCAAUAAAUGAAAAACGAUUGGAAACGCUAAUGAAAGGUAGCUGCCUUUUAACUCUCGAACAUAUAAUGAUGGUUGACGAAAUUGUACCAAGUAGAAUUUUAUUGUUGGAAUAUUUUAAGCAAUUAACAGGAUGUACUAUAUUUAUAAAUUCACACAGUCUUAAAGAUUUAAUGACGGAAUAUUUUCGUUUAAUUGCAAAGAAGCACCUUGCGUAUUAUUCUUUUUUUUAUUUUGAACUUCUAAUGAAAUUUGUACCAAUUUGUGUAGAUGUAGUUGACAAAGUGAUGAACUUUCUUAUUGUAGAAGUAGAAAUUGUAGAAGCAAAGCGAGGUGCAGGGAAGGAUGUACGACUGCGUAGUUGUCUAAAUAAAUUACAACGAAGUUUAGCAGUAUUUAAGCAGAAAGUCAACUCAAACUAAAAUUAAUUUGCGUUUUUAUUAAUAUUUUCAUUUUAUAUUACAAUUUAAAUAAAAAUC